AUGUCGAUUCAUACCAGUAGCAGUGGAGCCAGUACACAGGACGAAGCAGUAGGAUCUGAUUAUCACUGGCAAGAUCCACACGCACUUUCUUUCAUCACUCCACCUGCCUACACUCAACUAUUGGAUGAUUUCUCGAUUAUUGACGAUCUCUACGAGUCAUUUGAGACCGAAGAUGAAACUUCAGGUUAUGAAGAGCAGGUUGUAGACACUGCAAGAAAUGUAGCAAAAAAACAGCAGGCUGUUCAGACAUUAUUAGAUACUGAAACGCAGUACAUCAGCGAUUUGGGCACUCUCCUAGACAUCUAUGCCACCAGAACCCAAUUGUGGUGCGAAAUGCCUAAUAAUCGCGAAUUACUGACCCGUAAAUCACCAAAUACUAUCCAAGAUGUCGAAAUAUUGCUUCGAGAUUUGUCUGAGAUUACAAGUAUUCACAAAUCAUUUCACAAAGACUUGAGCGAAAGGUUGCAAAUCUGGGGUCCUACCCAACUUCUUUCAGACAUCUUUAGUCGACUGUACGACCGUACUGCCUAUUACGAAACCCUUUUAAACAACUACACCAAUAAAAUCGUUACACUCGAUAUCCUCUUGAAAACCGCGCCAUUUGUAAAACUCAUGGAGAGCUGGACAGCAGAGUUCAACCCUCCUCUUCGUGACAUCCUCACCUACUUCAAAUCACCGCUGUUACAGCCCGGAGCUUAUGCACGUUCCCUUGGUCAACUUGUAUAUUAUACCGAACCAUGUCACCCCGACUACCUCGGCCUUCUGAGGAUAGCUCAUGCUUUCCAGGCACGUGAGGUUGACUGGAAAGAGAUGAUUCAAGAUCGCCUCAAUCACCUUUCUGUACUUCAAGUCUUCCGCACACUUUUACAUUGUCCUGCCCAUGUCACACCGACCCGGCGUUUACUGCUACAGGGUACAAUGGUCAAGAUCGAUCUGACCGAGCCAAGUUUGGUUACUGACACCAGGCUCUACUUCCUCUACAAUGACAUGCUGAUUGUCAGUCGGCGCAAAGAUAAGAAAGACAACAAGAUAGUCUAUAAAGAGACCCUCCCGUUGGUCAAGGCGGAAAUUAAACUCCUGACCAAGCAAUUGGCUACCCGGAUGGCAGAAGUCAAGAAGCCGGCCAGUUUUCAAUCGCUGUUUGGACGUAAACAACAACCGGAAGAGAACAUCAACGGUGUGCCUGCUCCGAUGGCAUUUGGAUUCGAAAUCUCGAUGCCACCUGAGCAUUCAUUGGAUAGCAUAGCCAUUCUUUCCAAUCCUGCGGCGACUAGUGUAUCUGCAGGGUCGAUAUCCAUGCGCCGCCGCCAUGUGGUCAGGACGAGGUCACUAGCAGAGCAGCAAAUUUGGGUUGCAACCUUACGCCGGGUUGUCCGCGUCGUGACGGCCAAAGCACAAAAUGAUGGUUAUUAG